GUCCGCUCACUUCAGUUCGGAAUCGAAACUCAAGACGUAAAGAAGCAAUGGAUUAGCUUUUCAGCGCUAUCUUGAUUAUAAAAUUAUGCAUUUAAAGCUAGAAUAAAGUACAAAAAUAAAGUAUUUACCGGACUCAAUUGUGAUAGUUGGCUUUAUAAUUGUCGACAACAACAAAAGAACGCAAACGAUAAUAGCAAUCGAGUGCUUGUCUAAUUGUAACCUCGCUUUGUUUUUCCGUUCCUUUAAUACACGGAAAAUCAAUAGUGACUGUGAAAGCGCAUAAUAUUACGAUUUCCAUAUCGCCGAAUCUCAUCGCAGAGGAUAUUUUUGGGAAAACUUGAGUUUUUCAAUAAAAAGAGAAAAGCUGUCAAGUUUGGAGCAACUGGAGAAAUAUUUAAGGAUCAACAGUCUAGGAGAGAUAACAACAACCGGAACGCAAAAUGGCAAAUGUGGUAACCAAUCCCCGGUACAUUCAUGUACACUCCGCCCUCGAGCCACCAACGGUUACCGAUCAGGUGGACAACAAUACGAACGCGACGCAGCUAUUCAAAAACAACAUCUUCAGUAUCAUGAACGGUCUAAAUCACGAAGAGGCGCGCCUAAAGACCUUCCUUGCCUGGCCGCUGGAGUGGCUCGACAAACGUCAAUUGGCCCAGACGGGCAUGUACUAUACAAACGUCGACGACAAGGUGAAAUGCUAUUUCUGCGGUGUAGAGAUCGGACGCUGGGAGCGGCAGGAUCUGCCGGUGCCAGAGCAUCAGAAAUGGUCGCCAAACUGCCCGCUACUGCGCCGACGCACCACAAACAAUGUGCCGUUAAACAUCGAAGCAUUGGACCGCAUCCUGCCGGAGAUCAGCUACGAUAUUUGCGGUUCCAACGACUCCACGACAGCGGUGGAGCUGAGGGAGGACUCCUACGCCGAAGGAAGUAUCCCCAUGUCACAGAUAAACCAGUCGCAUACGGCGAAUGCUACAGCCACUGUCGUCGGAAGCGCUUCCCACCCGCCGAUGAGCUCGAUUGCCACCCAGGCAACGACAGCCACCCAGGCCAGUGGCGAUGUCCAGCCGGAGUUGUGUCGCACCCCAGCCGCCAGUGGCAAUUAUUUUCCCGAGUAUCCCGAGUACGCCGUGGAGUCGACACGGCUGCGCACCUUCGAGGCGUGGCCGAGAAACUUAAAACAAAAGCCGCAGCAACUGGCCGAGGCGGGUUUCUUCUACACGGGCGUUGGAGAUCGCGUCCGCUGCUUCAGUUGCGGUGGUGGUCUCAAGGACUGGGACGACAACGACGAGCCCUGGGAGCAGCAUGCCUUGUGGCUAAGCCAGUGCCGUUUUGUCAAGCUGAUGAAGGGUCAAGUCUACAUCGAUACGGUGGCUGCGAAACCGGAGCCAGCCGAAGAGAAGGAGGAGAGUUCGUUAAGAGCCGAGGUGGCCAGCAGCCAGGUCACAUCAGACGAGGCUUCCGAGGCGGCCAGUUCUGGGGAUGUGCUCCCAGCCACGGCAGCCACCCGCAUCUUAGAGAAGAUUCAGGAGGCGUCAGCAGCUGUGCCUCCGUCCGCCAGCAACAGCGGUCCCUCCUCCAUACCCGAGGAGAAGCUGUGCAAGAUCUGCUACGGUGCCGAAUACAAUACGGCAUUCCUGCCCUGCGGCCAUGUGGUGGCCUGCGCCAAGUGCGCCUCCUCCGUAACCAAGUGCCCGCUGUGCCGGAAACCCUUCACCGAUGUGAUGCGUGUAUAUUUUUCUUAAGAACGCAAACACAAAUAAAUGUUAAUCAAAACUUUAAAAAAAAAUUAUGUUUCAACAGGCGAUCGCAACGGCCAGCUGUUGGUAAGCCUGGCAGCUGGCCGUUGCAUAUAGAAAGCCUGGUAGAAAUAGAGAGAAUAAAUUGUAAUAUUAGUUUAGGUCACCACUUGUAUGGGUUAUUUAUAAUAAAACUAACAUAUAAUCAA